GAGUUUUUUAUUUCUACCAAAUAAUCAACUAUCAAUAUGUCUGACGAACAAUUCGCUACUGCUUCUGCUGAUGCUGCCCAGACUUUCCCAAUGCAAUGUUCUUCCUUGAGAAAGAACGGUCACGUUGUUAUCAAGAGUAGACCAUGUAAGAUUGUCGACAUGUCCACCUCCAAGACAGGAAAGCACGGACACGCCAAGGUCCACUUGGUUGCCAUCGAUAUCUUCACCGGUAAGAAGUUGGAAGAUUUGUCUCCAUCUACCCACAACAUGGAAGUUCCUAACGUCACCAGAGAAGAAUUCCAGUUGAUCGACAUCGAUGACGGGUUCUUGUCGUUGAUGUCGCCAGAUGGUUCCUUGAAGGAUGAUGUCAAGGUUCCAGAAGGUGAAAUUGGAAGCAAGCUUCAAGAAGAAUUCGAUGAAGGUAAGGACUUGCUCGUCACCAUUUUGAUGGCCAUGGGUGAAGAAGCCGCCAUUUCCUACAAGGAAGCACCAAAGGCUUAAGUAUAAAUUCAAUCCAUUUCAGGAAUUGUCAUUAUAAGUUUCUUGAUUUUAAAUAUAUGGAUAUCAAUAUUUAAUUUGGCUACUGUAGAAGAAAACACUUUUGUGGAUCUGUCAUUAUGAGUUUGUUGAUUUUAAAUAUAUCGAUAUCAAUACUUAAUUUGGCUACUGUAGAACAUGAAUCAUACCAGGGCUU